AUCCCCUUCUUCUACCAAAAGCUACAACUCAAAGAGCUCUAUCACAAGGGUGACCUGAGAACAUCAAAUCAAAUCAUGGCCGUAGGAUUUAACCGGAUGGUGGUUCUCCUCCUCGUCGCGGCGGCAACUUUGUGGCGAUGCUCGUCCGCUGCCACCUACAUGGUCGGUGACUCAUUGGGUUGGAUCGACCCACCCAAUGCCAAUAUCUAUACUGAUUGGGCUAGCAAUAAAACUUUUGUGGUCGGUGACAUUCUUGUUUUCAACUUUGCAACCGGACGACAUGACGUAACGGAAGUGACAAAAAGUGCUUAUGAUUCUUGCAACGGCAACAAUCCGAUCUCCACCGAGAGCAACAGUCCAGUAAGGAUCACACUCACUUCAGCUGGUAACCGUCACUUCAUCUGCACCAUUCCCGGCCAUUGCAAUAAUGGCCAAAAGUUAUCCGUUACUGUGAGAGCCACAUCUGCUCCAACGCCGCAGCCUAGCUCUCCAGCGCCAUCUCCUGUCCCUGUCUCCGUCCCCGCUCCCUCUAUCAGCCCUGAACCCUCCUCUUCCGAUCGGUCGCCUUCUCCAACACCUAGCUUUACUCCGUCAUCACCUGUCCCGUCGCGUGCUCCCACCCGACAACCCAUGACAUAUGUUGUCGGAGACUCGUUGGGAUGGUCUGUCCCUAACAACCCUACCUUCUACGAAUCCUGGGCUCAGGACAAGACCUUCGUCGUUGGAGACAUUCUCGAGUUCAACUUCGUGAUUCAAACCCACAACGUAGCGAAGGUAACGAAGGACAAUUACGGCAGUUGCAGCGGCGAAUCGCCGAUCUCUAUUUCCACCAACCCGCCGGUCAGAAUCACUCUCUCCGAACCCGGCGAACAUUUCUACAUCUGCACGGUCGCCGGCCACUGCAACAUCGGCCAGAAACUAGCCGUCAACGUCACCGGCAGUGAAGCCACCACUCCUCCGCCUUCAUCUGACACCGUGCCUUCAACUCCAUCUCCAGCAACCGCUCCACCGCCUCCCAGCGCCGCCCCAUCGGUCCGAACCUCUGCGUUUUCCGCAGCUCUUCUCGCCGUCGCCGUUGCCUUGGUGUAUUAGCCGCCGCGGCGUUAAUUAAUCUAAAUUUUUGCUAGGGUUUCUUGGUCUUCGUAUUUAUUAGAUUUAUAAUAAGAUUUUAUUUAUUUUAUCAUAUUUUAUUACACGU